AUGGAUCAAUACCAGAUUGGAAGAGCCUUUAAUACUCCAAUUCAUCAGAUUUCUGAAUUUUUAUACAUAGGGAGUCGAGCUGGAGCUGAAGAUCGCAGAUAUUUGUUUCAGUUAAACAUCAAGCAUAUUUUAGUAAUUUUGCCUUAUUAUUCAAAACCUCCUUUUCCUAACGAUUUCAAUUAUUUGUUUAUUCAACUAACUGACGAUCCAGAAGAAGAUUUAUUAUCGAUUCUUCCUGAAGCAUUGAGAUUUAUUCAUUCAGCUAUCGUAAACCAUGAAAAUGUAUUAGUGCACUGCAAUGCUGGAGUUUCUCGAUCUGGAGCCACUGUCAUAGCUUAUCUGAUGGCAUCUCGGCACAUACAUUUUGAAAAAGCUCUAUCUAUAGUUCAGUCGAUUAGACCUUGUGUACUUCCCAAUGAAGGGUUUCAAAUGCAAUUAAAAUCUCAAUCCCCAUUUAUGCUUUCGCAAUUAAUAUAA